AUAUAUUCCUUCCUUGAUUCUUCCUCUUCCCUCUACAAGUUACUCCAUUUCUUUCCUCCAUCCUUUUGCUUUCGGCCACUCUCUGCACGUUGUUGGCUUGUGGGAGAGCUGGUGGCACUGUGGCAGUGACAUCGUAUUUAUCUGAAUUGCAGCCUUCUACCAUCAAGCUCUCCUCCGAUUCUUCCAGUUGCAUGCACACAAAGUUUCCCAGAUGUAUCACUAUCUGCGACUCUCUCUACUGCUGGUCACCACUCUCUCUGACGUAGCAAUUGCUCAAAGAUGGAGGGAGAUCAGCGGCAGCAACCAAUGGAGCGGCCUCCUAGACCCCCUCGACAUCGACGUCCGGCGCGAGGUGAUCCGCUACGGCGAGCUGGCGCAGGCGACGUCGGACGCCUUCAUCACAGACCCCGCGUCGCCGUACGCCGGGGCUUGUCGCUACAGCCCGGCCUCGUUCUUCAACAAGGUUCAGGCGUCCGACCCGGGUGCGUACCGCGUCACAAGGUUCAUCUACGCGACGUCGAGCGCCCGGCUGCCUGACGGGUUCAUGGCGAGGCCGCUGCCGGCGGGCGCGUGGAGCACGGACUCCAACUGGAUGGGGUACGUCGCGGUGGCCACGGACCGCGGCGCGGCGGCGCUCGGGAGGCGGGACAUUGUGGUGGCGUGGCGCGCGACGAAGCGGGCGACGGAGUGGGCCAGCGACCUGGACUUCGCGCUGGUGCCGGCGGCCGGCAUUGUCGGGCCGGGGCGCGGCUGGUCGCAGCCGUACGUGCACAGGGGGUUUCUGUCCGUGUACACGUCCAAGAACUCCACGUCAAGGUUCAACAGACGAAGCGCGCGCGAGCUGGUGCUGACUGAAGUAAGAGGGCUGCUCGAUACGUACAAGAACGAGGACUGCAGCAUCAGCAUAACCGGCCACAGCCUAGGAGGCGCACUGACCACGCUCAACGCCAUCGACCUGGUCGCCAAUGGAUUCAACGUCCGCGGUCCGUCCCGAUCCCCUGUGCCCGUCACGGCCAUCCACUUCGGCGCCCCCCGCGUCGGCGACGAGCAGUUCAAGAAGGCUUUCCACUCGAUGGCCGGCCUAAGCCUGCUCCGGGUCCGCAACGUCCCGGACAUCGUGCCGACCAUCCUGCCGCCCGUGAUCUACGCCGACGUCGGCGUGGAGCUGCUCGUGGACACGCGCAAGUCGCCGUACCUCAAGGAGAAGGCGGGCCCUGCCCAGUGGCACAACCUGGAGGGCUACUUGCACGGCGUCGCGGGCACGCACGGCGCCCGCGACAGCGCGGGGUUCGGCAUGGAGGUGGACCGCGACUUGGCGCUCAUCAACAAAGAAGAGGACGCGCUCAGAGACGAGUACCCCGUGCCGGCGAUGUGGUGGGCGGAGAAUAACAAGGGCAUGGUCAAGAACGCCACUGGACACUGGGUGUUGCACGACCACGAGGAGGGUAACCUUGCGUUGUGAUCAUCUUUUUUUUUUUUUGCCUAAGAUCGUUGAAAGGCUUUUUACGAAAUAUAAUACUGCCUCUUAUCGAAAAUGUAAGCUGGUUUUCUGAACUUUUUACCGUCAAAUAUUUCUGUGUUUGUCAUUCUGUAAGGAAAAAUUACUAGCAUCAGACAAUGCACUGUAAUUACAUUAUAUGACAUGAUAUGUUUGCACGGAAAUUAAUGGUCAAAAUUUGAUAGCA